AUGUGUGCCUUUGCAGCAUUCGGAGGUAUCUUUUUCGGCUAUGACAGUGGAUGGUCUGGUGGUGUGCUUGCCAUGCCCUUUUUUAUCCGCCUAUACACUCAUCAUCCUUAUCCGUCAACAAUAUUUGGCAAUGAUACAACUUCUGAUGUUUACAAACACUACGUCAAGAAUGAUUUCGUUAUUAGUGCUAGUCAGCAAUCUUUGUUUACUUCAAUUCUCUCCGCGGGCACCUUUGUGGGAGCUAUUGGAGCCGGCGACAUCGCUGAUUAUAUUGGUCGUCGUUUUACCAUUAUUAUCGGUUGUGGCAUCUUUACGGUCGGAGGUAUUCUCGAAAUUGCCUCCACUACCUUACCUGUCAUGGUUGCUGGCCGUUUCAUCGCUGGCGUUGGCGUCGGCUUCAUCUCUGCCACCAUUAUUCUGUACAUGUCUGAAAUCGCCCCGAAGAAAAUACGUGGCGCGCUAGUGUCUGGUUAUCAGUUCUGCAUCUGUGUCGGAGUUCUUCUAGCCACAUGUGUCGUAUACGCCACGAGGGACCGUGAUGACACUGGAUCGUAUCGUAUUCUUAUCGGUAUCCAGUUCUGCUGGUCCACGAUUCUCGCUAUCGGUCUCCUCUUUCUCCCUGAAUCACCUCGUUUUUACGUCAAGAAGGGAAACCCGGCACACGCAGCAAGGGCGUUAGCCUCAUUGCGUGGGCAGCCUGUUGAAUCUGAAUACAUCCAAAAUGAACUCGCGGAAAUCAUGGCCAAUUACGAAUAUGAGCAACUCAUAACUAAUCAGAGCUCGUAUUUCAGUAGCUGGACGAGUUGUUUUAGUGGAAGUUUACUCAGCGGAGCUUCUAACCUUCGGCGCACGUUACUAGGUAUUUUGAUGCAGAUGAUGCAGCAGCUUACUGGAAUCAACUUCAUCUCGUACUUCGGUACUGUUUUCUUCACGUCUUUGGGCACAAUCAAGAAUCCUUUUCUAAUUACCCUCAUUAUCACUAUGGUUAAUGUUUGCUCGACUCCAAUUUCCUUUUGGAUAGUGGAGAAAUUUGGUCGUCGUCGCAUCCUUCUCCUCGGAGCAAUCGGUAUGAUCAUAUGCCAGAUUAUUGUCGGUAUUAUUGGUGUUACUGCCGGUCGGCCGGAGAAUGGAAACAGUGCUGCUGUUUCUGCUAUGAUUGCAUUUAUUUGCUUAAGCAUUGCGUCUUUCGCCAGUACCUGGGGUCCUGCUGCCUGGGUCGUCGUUGGUGAAAUCUUCCCCUUAACCAUCCGAUCCCGCGGUAUUGGUCUCUCAACAGCAUCGAAUUGGUUUUGGAAUUGUAUACUUGCUGUCAUUACCCCUUACCUCGUAGGGACUAGGCCCGGGGACGCCAAUCUUGGAGCAAAGGUCUUCUUUAUGUGGGGCGGAUUGUGCUGUCUAUCAUUCGCAUUCACGUUCUUACUUGUGCCAGAAACAAAGGGUCUGUCUCUGGAGCAGGUUGAUAAGAUGCUCGAGGAAACGACCCCGAGAUCCAGCAGUAAGUGGGUGCCUCAUUCUACUUUUGCUGGUGAGAUGGGACUCGCAGAUUGCAAGCAAGAAGUGGAGGUGGUGCAGGCUGAGCAUAUUGAUUGA